GUAAUUACCCAGCAGCGCCCGCUAAUUACUGAGCAUCUCCGACUGGGAGGAAGACUGUUUUAUUUACUAACAGUCUUCCUUCCUGUUGGCUUGGGCACACUGUUCUGGAUGGCUAGCAGUGUGCUUACAGUGAAGCACACACCCCGCCCCCUAGUAAAACACUCCCUACACAUAGUUAACCCUUUGAUUGCCCCUCAUAUUAACCCCUUCCUGCCCAGUGCCAUUAGUACAGUGUCAGUGCUUUUUUUUAGCACUGAUCACUGUAUUGGUGUCACUGGGGAUGUCAGUGACACCAAGUCAGUUCCCCCCAGUGUCAGAAUGUCCACCGCAGUCCCGCUAUAAGUCGCUG